AUGCCCCAGGCAACUCCGCAAAGCUCACCAGCGUUGGCAGUCGAACUUGAGGGCGAUGCUCUCUGGUACCAACCUGGAGAUGUCGUUAUCGGCCGUGUUGUUCGGAGAUGCUCCACCAAGUGUCAAAGGGCCAUUCUAACAGUCUCGCUGCACGGCAGAGCAAAAUCAAAGUUCGCUAACAGCGAGACCCAACGUCGGGGAGUGUAUACGCUCAUCGUUGGCUCUCGAAAUAAGCAACAGCUUUGGAACGGAGCGGUUCACAUCCCUGAAAGAGGGGACCAAAGCUGGCCUUUCACUUUCACUUUACCCACACAUGCAGACAGUCGCUGUCUUCCCGUGAGCAUUAAAGAAAAUGAGAAGAAUAGCUUCGUCCCAUUCAACAAUAACGUACCGCUACCCGCCUCCUUUUCAGGAACAUCUACAAGCGAGUCCAAGGAGGGAUUUAUUGAGUACUACAUCCAAGCCGAGAUACAGAUGCAUGCUCACGGCACCGCCACAGCCGUAAAGCCAGUCAGAAUCGAGCGAUACAACUCAGGUCCGCCCAUUGAGAUGCGGAUGAAUUUACUCAACACAUUGCAUACAGUUCAGGGAGACAGCCUUGUGCCUGGUUAUAGCCGAGACCAGCUGACUACCUCACAAAAGUUCAAGAAGAUGUUCAGCAGCGUACCACCGCCCAAGUUAGCUUUUACUUUGCAGACAUGGUUUCCUAUCACCUUGCAAAUGGACCAAUCAGGCCAUGUGCCCAUCAAGCUACGCGUGGUCCCCAAAUGGGACAAAACAAGCGAGAUUCUUCAGGACGUGCUGCAAACUUGUAGGCUUCGGAAACUCGAUAUCGAAAUCCGAACCCUGGUGGAAAUCAGAUGCGAAGGCCCCUAUGAUACAGAGUGGGAGUGGUGUCCCAAGGUACAAGGAAGCAGACAAUUUGGCCCAAGAGACACACCAGUUGAGGUACCUUUUGGACAUGAUUCGGAGCCCUUGGAUGUUGGAGAGGUGCUCAAUCUUCGAAUGAAGACCACCAAAGAUAGAAGGGAAAUAAUGCCCUUCAACGUUCAGCAGCUACAUCCAGAGUUUACGACUUACAACAUUCGAACCAAGAACAGACUAAAGGGUACCGUGGAAGUGAAAGUCGCAGACAAAGUCAUUACUGCAGAGAUAGACCGGGAGAUCAAGGUUUUCCCGCCGGCUGAUAAUACGGGCGGUCCUCACAGCCCAGCGGUCGACAAUAUAGGCGCGACUUCAUCGACUUGGACUCAACCUCCGCCGCCAUAUGAGGAGCCACCAAAUUUCGAGGCAUUGCAAGCAGUCAAUCAACACGGUAGCGAAGGGGACAGAGGGACAGAAAAAUUUGAGUCCAUUUGCCCGUCAAUAGUACCCGAUGAGACCGGAACACACGGCUUGCGAUAG